CAUAAACCCCAAACCCCGGUCUUGUCUGCUUGGCCUGUUUCGCAAGCGUUCCCAGAUGUUGCGCCUCUGGGUUUAGAAACUCUUUGCUAAUACUAACCCUUGAAAAAAUAUCCCGCCCCACGGAAGAAUCACUAUGGUGACGAGAGUGUUUGGUGGAUGUUCUAUCAGUGAAACAACAGCCCUGUUUUUAAUGGAGAAGUGAUGGAAGUGGCACACUCUGCAUCAGAGACAUUCACAGACAGUCAAAGGAAGAAGACCCCUCUUCCCCUGUGCCAACUGGCGGAGGACACAAAAAUAAGUCCCUCUAAUGUCCCUCAUCACCUACUAGAGACCCAAACCUAUACCAAACUCAAGAGCAACAGUGCAAUCCAUGCAGAACCCUCAGCACUUCACUUCAGUGGGUUUAAACUGGGGAAGGAUUAUCAGAGGACCUUGAAACUUAUCAACAUAUCAUCUGAAGUGAUCAACAUUCACAUUAUCCCCACCCAAACAAAGCACUUCCAAACGAAAUAUUUAAAAAAGCAUCGUCUUGUCCCCGGACUGUCCUACACAGUGAAAGUACACUUCUGUCCUAAAGAAUGGCGCUACUUCUACGACUGUAUUCGGGUUCAUUGCAAGGGGGAAGAGAAUUUACAGGUACCAGUCCAUGCCUACCUCAUCAUCGAUGACUUGCACAUCCCAACACACAUCACCAUACCAGCUGUCCCACUGGGCCAAAGUGUCAGCCAUGUGAUCCCUCUGAGCUGCAGCUGUCCCAUUGACUUUGAGUUCCAGGUGUACAUCAUCCAGCCACACAAGGCCUUCUCGGUCCAGCCCCUGUCAGGAGUGAUUCCAGCCAAUGGGAAGGUGGAGGUGACCGUCACAUUCAGGCCGUUCCAGUAUGACACGUCCCAGGUCACUCUACAAGUGGUCAUCUCCCAGUUCAAUUCCAAACCCUACGUCUGCACCCUCAGCGGGUCCUCCUCGCCCCACCUGGCUCUCAGUCAACAGGAGAAAGACAUGGGACAUGCAAGAGAAGUUCUGUUUGUUGACAGUCGAGGGCCUCCACCUGUCUCCUUGAUACAGCCUCUGACCAAAACCAAGCAGAGGUCAAUGCGGACACCUGAAAAGUCAAAGGCUGAUGCAGACGGGUUUUACGUGGGCGAUGAUUAUGGAUAUUUCCACUGGAAUGAAGAACAUGGCCAUUGGGAGAGGUGGACCCUAAACAACAACGAGUACAACAUGAGUAUCAGAGCCCACAGGAGCAGCCUGGAUUCCUCGUAG